UCCGCAGGAGGAGCACCUCCUCCCCGCCCGGAAGUAGCUGCGGCUGGGCUGGGAAGGGGGCUCGUGGCCUCCUGGUCCACUCUCGUGCUGCCGCCAGGGCUGCCCUGGUCACUGCCAGGCAGCCGACCGAAGUGGGGCCGGGAGCGCCUCUGUCCAGCCCUGCGCCUCCCUUUCCCCGCCUUGGCACGAGCUGGCGCCUAAUUAGUGCCUGUCCGGAUUCUACGAGGAGGGGAAGGUUCGAGUGCUGCUUUUGUCCUAAGUGGCUAAUGGCCAGCCCAAGGUCCAUCCUGUCUUCUGGGGCUCUCCUUUCCAAAAGAAGACUGCUUCCCUGGUGCCCCCAGGGUCAGCACCAAGCGUCACUGGCCUCAGCAGUGGAGGGAAACUUCACCCAGGCAGCAUCAGAGCACAGUCAGGGAGAAAGAAAGCCCCAAGAAGGGCAGCCAGGCCAAGACCUGAGCUUUUGGCAGGAGAGGUUGGCAGAUCAACUGCUGCCCCUCUGGAGACUGAACUAUGACGAACAACUAAAGGUCAAGUUUGAAGUGACCAAGAAGACCUUGGAGCAGCUACAGGGACGUCUCCACAAGCUGGGAGCUGCAGUGGCCGAGGCCCCAGGGCCAGGCGCCCUCCUCCAGCCUUUCUUCCCGUCUCCUGUCAUUGAUGGUUACAGAAACAAAUCUGUCUUCUCUGUAAACCGGGGCCCAGAUGGCCACCCGAGGACUGUGGGGUGCUUUCUGAGAUCCCCUGGAGGAAAGAUGAUUUUCUGUGUACCUGCUGGCCAUCUGAGAACCCUUCCUGCCAGGCACCACCAGGUCGCCCAGUGCUAUGAGGUGUUUCUGCGACAAACCCCCCGGAACCCCAGCCUUGACAUUCACCAGCUUGGGCCCUGGCGUCGACUGAGGGUGCGCACCAGCAGCCAAGGCCACACAAUGGCCAUCAUCACUUUUCAUGCCCAGGGACUAAGUCAGGGCUGGCCAUCUCUGUCCACAGCUCCUCAUUUUGGGUCCAAGCAGGAAGACAUCUGUUCUCAGAAGGAAAGAGCCAAGGAAUUCUUCAUGUCAGGACAGGGGUCUGUGUGUGACCUGACCUCUCUCUACCUGAAGGAGAGAGUCACACCCAGCCCACAGCAGUCCUGCUUCCACCGCUACCAGCUGCUGGCAGGGGAGCCCCAUGUGUUUGAGGACGUGCUUGGCUUGAAAUUCCGCAUCUCUCCAGGGGCCUUUUUCCCCCCAAACACGGGCGCCACCGAGGCACUCUUCCGGAUUGUAGCAGAGCUGGGUGGGGUAGACCAAAGCACUGUCAUCCUUGACCUUAGCCAUGGCACAGGUGUCACGGGCCUCUCCCUGGCUCAGCGGGCAGCCCAGGUCCUCAGCCUGCGGCUGGUCAGGCAAGCUGUGGAGGAUGCUAGGUGGAGCGCGGCCUUCAAUGAGAUCACCAACUGGGAGUGCCGGCAGUGUGACAUGGAGAAGGCUGUGAACUGGCUUGGGAAGUUUCGAGGGGAUGGUCGAGCACUGAUGGCACUGGUGGACCCUGUGGGUGCUGGACUGCCUCACAGGGUCAUUCGUGCCAUCCGGGGCUGCCCAGCCAUCCAGAAGCUAGUGUUCAUCUCUGGCCGGCCUCACGCAGAAGACAUGGAUACUUUCUUUCAGCUCUGCUGCCCUGCGUCCUCUGGCCCGGACCUCCCAGGUGAACCUUUCACACUGAGCCGAGCUGUGCCUGUGGACAUGUUGCCGCAUACUCUGUCUUCGCAGCUGGUUCUGGCCUUCACCCGCUGACCGGCAGAUGGAGGGGCCAGGCCUCACGCCCAGCUCCCCUCAUCUCAUUGUCGGGGGGUGGAGGGGGUGCCCAUUUUGCUCAAAGGGAACUCUCAAUAAAUGGUCAUGGACAGAA